GGGGUCCCUGAAGGCAGCGUUGCCUAGCAGCGGUGGAGUUUAGCUUCUCCGGGUUGUUUAGCUAAUCUUUAACCGACACAAUGCCCAGAAAGAAGGAGAGAAAAAGCGGCGAAAACGAGAACAAGCUGAACCCAGCGAGCCCCAAGACUAAAGCUGGCAUCGACGACAAGGAAAAGCGGGCAUAUGUGAUGCAAAUUGGAUUUUUAAACGAAGAGUUAGAAAGGUUUCAGAUAAAAUGUGAUCAACUUGAGAAGCAGAACAAAAGCCUAAUCGCUCAGUACAGCACGCUGGACGCAGAGAAGAAGGACAUCACAGAGUACCUGAAACGCUCGGUUUCAGAGAGGGAGGAGGAGCUGCAGGAGCUGCAGGAGCGUCUGGAGACGGAUCAGCAGGCCUCCGCCCAGGAGAGACACGCCCUGCAGCUGGAGAGCAGCCACCUGAGCCAGGAGCUGCAGGAGCUGCAGGACCGCAUCCAGAAGAACGCCACGCUCGCGCAGAGACUUGCUGAUCUGGAAGAGCUUCAGAGGCAGAAGGAUGAUCUGAUGAGCACCGUGGAGAACCUGGAGAAGCAGCUGGAACGUCAGAGGGAGCAGCACAAAGAUGAGCUCCACAGCCUGGAGAUGAAGGUGCUGCUGGAAAAGAGGAGGUUAGAGGAGGAGAUGGAGAGCGAAGUGGCGGCCAUGUUGGCUAAGGUGGAGCACCUGGUGGAGCUGAAGCUUCCAGAGAGGACCAGGUGUGUGCUUCAGGAGAACACGCAGCUGAAGGUCCGUUUCAGCCAGCUGUGUGAGGUGGCCAGGUCGCUGCAGGAGGAGAACGCGUCUCUGAGGGAACACCAGAGACGACUCCGCAUCGACACGGAGAUCCUGGAGCAGACCGUCCGCCAGACGGCGCGCAUCAGCUGCAGGCGCAGGAAGGAGGCGCUGCAGCUCACAGGAAGGCUGCAGCAGCUGCAGGAGGACGUUCAGGGGAAGCAGCAGCAACUGGAGGAGCUUCAGGAGGAGAACACACGAGUCCUGGCCCAGAUGGAGGCCCUCAGACCGGACCGGGUCGCUCUGUCUGCAGAACGGAGCCGCAACCAGCUGGAGGCCAAGCUGAAGGAGGAGAGGAGGAGGAGGAACCGGAUGAAGAGCAUCAUGCAGGAAGCAGCCAACACUCUCAGGUUGGCCCUAAAGGAGGCCCCAGCAGAGACGCAGGAGGCGGACCCCGUCCCCCGCUGGAGGCGGACGCUGCAGAACCUGCAGGACCUCCUGGACCCACAAACCCUCAGCUGCUGCUCUGCAGACAGAGGCAGCGAGCCGCGAGAACAAAGCCUGGAUCCAGGCUGGGCUUCCAGGGUCCAGCCGUCCCGUGGUUCUGGCCUCGGGGCCAAAGCCUCGCUCUGCAGGGCAGGAGCUGCGUCCUGCAGCAGCCUGGUGCCUCUGCACAGGAAACCAACGACCCAGAAGAGCCGCAGCUCCGCCAACCUCUCCCUCUCCUCCGUGGGAUUUCUCACCGCCAAACCGAGCGGCCACAACUUCCUUCAAAUAAACCCUAAAAACACCAGGAAGGAGUUUAUUAUAGAGGAAAAAUACAUUUAAACAGGAAACGGACUCAUGGCGUUCAAACAUGAAACUCCUGCUGUAGCAUGCAGUAGAUUCAGAAGAACUGAUGACUAAAUGAGUUCUUAAAGCCGUCUGUCAUCAACCUACAUACGUCCGCUCUCAAGGAAGUCACCAAAAUAAAAGCAUGUAACCUCAAACCACAGUUACAGGAACCAGAGGUAACUUUACUAACUUUAUACGUAUCUAAAGCUGCUUACGGCCGCUUCAUGGUCAGAAGUGAUCGCCCUGCAGCCUGAGAUUAAAAGUUUGCUUUAUGAAGUAAAAAUAUUUCUGCACAGCGAGCUUUUCCUUCCUGAGGGUUGCUGCUCAGGAUCAGACUCAGCUGCUGAGUCGGAGGUCAGGGGUCAGCUGCUCAGAGUCGGAGGUCAGGGGUCAGCGUCUGGUUUAAGCAGAGAUGGAGACGCACCAGUUGUGGUCCCUUGUGGUGAGCAGAGUUCUCUGGUCAGGAAGCUCCUUCGUCUGGAGGGACGAUGCAGCCCGUCUGGCUCCGUCCUCUCUGCCCCCCCCCCCCCCCAGAUAAGCUGCAGGUGACAGACGGACGUUUUCCAACCAUGGUGUCAUUUCUUCUCCUUUAUUCAGAAUAACUGAUCAGCUGGACAGGUCUAAAGUUUACAUACACUCUGUGGACAACAACGUCAGAAUAUUCAGCUGGAAUGAUUUGUGUCGACUGAUCUGUGUAAUUCAGUUAAUUAAAUUUAAUUAAUAAACUGAAUAAAUUAACAGAAUUCAUUCAGCGCUUUACAUCAUAUUUCACCCACACAUUCAUACCCUGAUGAGCAGAUAGGCAUCCUGGGGUUAAUGCCUUGCCCAUGGGCACAUCAUGUGACAAGGAAGCUGGAUUCAAACCCACGACUUUUCGAUUAUAAGAGGUCUACUCUUAACCUGACUCUAGCCAGAUUAAUAUCGCUCCGCCUAGCUCCACUCACAUCUAUCUGGGACCUCUCCCACAGAGAGGGAUUUCUCCAACUUUCUCCAAUUUUAUUGUCCAGCCAAUCAGGACGCAGGGCU